CAGGGUAUACAGUUGUGAAUCGCUUUUACUUCGCCGCAAGAUGCGAGAAAUAACAGCUGUGCUCGCUCUUAUGUUCCCCUUCUUUUGUAAACUACUAGUACAUGUAGAAGGACAUCAAGCUCAAAAUAACGCCAUCACAUCUAACAGAAUUGAUCAGCACUCCUUGCUCACAAAUGAACUUCCUGAAAAUCGUUUGCUUGGCGCUUGGCGUCCUCUUGGCGAGCGGUGUCCUGCUGGCGAGUCCCCUGGGCGACGGAUGCCUCUCGAAGUACGAGGUGUACAAAGGCUGCGAGAGUAGCAGCUGCGCCGAGUGGAAAUGCUCACACCUGUAUUAUGGAUGGCCCCGACGCUGCACACGUGACUGCAUAAACGGAUGUUUUUGUCGAGAAGGGUACUUCAGAAAUUCUGCCAAGCGAUGCGUAUUAGGGUAUCACUGCUUUAAAGAGUACAGUCUUUACCAGGGAAAACUCGGCGAGUAAAGCGCACGACACCAUCGAGAGAGUCCCUUCUGUGGCAGUUCAUUUGGGCGAACUGAAAGAAAAAACGAAGAAAAAAAACUUUCUGGCGAUAGCCAAAGUAAAGAAAUAAAACUCAUGUCGC